GGCGCCUUCCUGGUGACGCAGGCCGUGGCCCGGGCGCUGGUGGAGAGCGGGGCCAGCGAGGGCUCCAUCAUCCACCUGGGCAGCGUGGUGGGCAAGGUGGGGAAUCUGGGCCAGGCGAACUACGCGGCUUCCAAGGCGGGGGUGGAGGCCCUGGCCAAGACCGCAGCCAAGGAGCUAGCCAGGUACGGCAUCCGUUGCAACACGGUUCUGCCGGGGUUUAUCCGGACCCCCAUGACGGACAAGGUCCCCCCCAAAGUCCUGGAUAAGUUCGCCGCCAUGGUGCCCAUGGGACGCCUGGGGGAGCCUGAAG